AUAGGAAGUCGUCCUUCAUAUACCAAAUGGCUAAUAAUGAGUCGGGUGAUCCAUUCGCUGCUGAACGUCGCAAAUCCGUUCGAUUCUCAAGCGCUCGAGAAGAAUUCCUAUUUUCACGUGACACCUCACGAUCGGCAUCUCAAACUACUCACUCGACCUCAGCUGUUGGAGAUGAGAAUUUAUUUCGAGUUCCAAAAUUCAAAAGAGAUAAGGACAUGACUGCCGCCGCGUACGCUAAUAUCGGUUGUAACGGUCAAGAACUUCGUUCCGCUGCACAGGAGAGCGUCAAGAUGGCUUUCUCUCCGGGUACGCAGGCAACGGAAAGCAAGCGUGAAGCUAAAUUGCGGAAAUUGCGCGAGAUGCAGCAGAAUCGACAGAGCAAAAGUAGUACAUGGCAAAAAGAAGGUUCUUUCCCAACACCAAAGAUUGACCUUGCAAAAACGGAGCGUUCCUUUAUGGAAGGAAGCACGAAAUUGGAUUCGUCGCGGCUCUCUAGUGCACAAAAGGUCAUGCAUCCUCCAAAGCUCCCUUACAACGUUCCUGAACCAAGAUUUUCCGAUAUAUCUUCCAUACGUCCAAGCGAUGCAACUUUCUCUGUCGACCAAGGAGGUGCUGGCAACAUUGUGUGCCUUACACCUUUUGGCUAUCCACCGCCAGUUAUAAGGGUGCAUGCUGCAGUAACGAAAUCUGCAAAUGAUUCGAACUUUUUACCUGCCACCAAAGUUAGCAGCACCAUAAAAGAAAUGGUGCUAACUACUGAUGAAAACUAUCUGAUGACGAAGGAUGAACGUACUCAGCGUCAGAUGGAAGCGAUGGUGGUUUGGUGCGCCAUGAUACUUCGCUCGCAGUACGAGGAUGACGAGUUUGACAUAGGAAGCACCAAACAAGAAGCGAAUAAAAUGCUGCAAGACCUUCUUGCGAAGUCAAAGACACGCAGGGCUAGCUCAACAACGGAGAACAGCAAACCCUUCAAAUAUGCUGAUUAUCUUAAGAAACAAAAGAGAGAUUCCAUCCGAGAAAGUGCAAAUCGUCUCUUCAACUCAUCACAAGUGCCAUUCCUGAUCCGAGGCGCUGUAAGCAGCAAAGUCUUUUCUGUGCGUGCGAAUUGCUGCGUUUAUUCCGAUUUGCGCCUGCAAACAACACUACUUCGUCUGUUCCUUUCUUUUCAUCCAGCCUGGUUACAUCUUGGAUUAGAAACUGUAUACAACACCGAGAUCAGAGUAAAUGAAGGCGAAGUGUUCGCGCAAGUUAUCAGCCGUUUCAUCGUGCAGCGCCUAUUCUCGGACCCCAAAAUCAUGAAGAAUAAGAAAUAUGCUAUUGGCAGCGGGAAGUUGAUUGUAACAGAUGCGGGACGUGAAGCACUGCACUCGCACUUCUUGCUUCACACCUGCUUAUUUUGUUAUUUUGUGGAAACAGCAAAAGCAAAUUCAAUCAUCAAGCACAAUCCGAGAAUGUUUGCAAAAUCUUCAUCGUUCAAGUGUAUGGAUGAUGUUUUCGCCGAGUUGAGCCGAGAAGUUCUGUCUGGGAGUGGGACACCACUGAACAAAGCGUUUGCGAAAAUGGGCUUCAGGCCAACUUAUAAGCAGGGUUUUGCUGAUGACUAUAAUUAUACGGUCAAAGAUUUUUCAGAUUUUACCGACGGAGUAAUUCUAGGUAAAAUCAUCGAGUUGGUGACUGGAUGUCCGCCUGGCAGCCUUAUCUCUCGCCUACGCGAUCCAGCGGGAGACCGCUUGAGAAAAAUUGGCAAUGUAAAAGUUUGCUUGCAAACUGCUCGCGACAGAGGGGUGGACGUAGGAGCGGUAAAGGCAGAAGCGAUUACGGGAGCAAACAAAGAGGCGAUUUUGGAAGUUCUGUGGAAGCUGAUGGGAAUACAUGUGGGAGCAGAUGAGGAAUGCAACCUAAGACGAGUCUCUCUAGCACUGGCUCGUCAGAACAAACUCGAUCUUGGCGCCGUUGAUCACAUCAGCGGAGAACAAUUUGUUCUUCACGUAUGCAAGCAAAUCGGAAAUCGGCUAAACUUGAAGAUUGCAACGCUAAAUGAUCUACGAGAUGGAAGAUUGCUGGCGGGAGCGUGGCGUAUAUACAAUCCUAGAGCUCCGGAUAUUCGCCUUUACCCAGGAGAGACGUUACUGGUAAAAGUUGCAAAUGCUGCAGUGAGCGAGCUUGAUGUGCCAUGGGGUCUACAUCAAUCGCUGGGACUUUUUGCCCGUCUCUAUCUGUCGCGACUGUUCACAAAUCGCGAGCUGCACGAUGCUGCCACACGUAUCCAGCGAGCCUACAGAUCGUACAAAUUUUUCAGAGCCAUCAAGCAUUUCAUUGCAAAGCACCAUCAGUCUGAAAAAGAAGAAAAAAAGAAGUCGAAAGUGCGCUCUAUUAUCAAUUGGUUCGAGAAUAAGAACCGCUGCUGAAUGGCCCGAUUCGCUUUUUGCACCACCCAUACCACUAGGAUAUUUUUGUGUUGAUUAGUCCGAUUUGCCUUGUCUUUCACUACAACUGCGAUGUCUUUUCUGUGAUUAAAUCUAUUGGAUCUCAUGUUCACAUCUGUGUAGUUUUCUUUAUGUACUGGUAAAUUUUUUAUGAAUCUCACUUGCAAAAUUCAUAUUCUCAGUUGCGAAAUGGACUGCACAGUCUUUGUUCCCCUUUCUUCAUCACAAUCUUGCUGGAUUUCCAUUGAUAUGUGCUUUCUAUCGCUCAUGCUUACAACGAGAAUUGUUUUCAGCUGUUCGUUCACUUGCGUCUUCUUUGUUUGAAAUUUGAGCUUUCUUCAGAUUGAAUAGAAGAAAAUUUGGAGCACCUCGAACAAGGGCGCCAGUUGCAGUAGAGUCUUAAUUUUGAUAUUGUUGAGCUUCAAAUCUUCUUUAUUCCAGCUGCAAUUUGUUAGUAACAAUGACCGUUCCCU